UUUUUGCAUAGGAAGCAACAAGCAGAAGUUGUUAAGUCGUGCAGAAAGUCUGAGAGCCAGCCAUGCUUCCAGGGAAAGAUGUCAAAGAAGGAAAUUGACAGCAGAUAGAAUAUUAUGUGUCCCUUCUGAUCUGACUGGGCAGAUCUUAGGAAAAGUACAGCUAAAGUCAAGUCGGAUUACAUGUGAAGUGAAAUCUUUAUUGUGGGAACAUAAGACUUUUGCAGAAAUCAGCUAAAUGGAUCUAUUGGACAGUCCUGCAUCUCAGCAGAGAAAGGGGAAGAAGAAGCUGUUUGGCCUCAAAGUGAAGAAGAAAAAGAAGAAAGACAGCGAAGACCUCGUCCUGGCAAAUAAAGGCGCUGUGGACAGUGAGGUGGAGGCUUCCUCUGAAGCAUCUUUCCUACAGGAAGGAGAGAACCCUGAGGAGCAGCUAGCCAUCAGAAGAAUAAAACCAAACACAAAGAGAGCCAAACUUCAAACUCGCAUUCAGGGCAGUGAAGGAAAACCAGAGAGCUUCCAGAUUGCCAUCAAUAUCACAGAAGCCAGGCAGCUUGUGGGGGAAAACAUAGACCCCAGUGUGGUGAUUGAGAUUGGGGAUGAGAAGAAGCAGACAUCCGUCAAAGAAGGAACCAACGCUCCCUUUUACAACGAGUAUUUUGUGUUUGACUUCUUUGCCCAUAAAGAGGUCUUUUUCGACAAAAUCAUCAAACUGACGGUUGUUCACUCAAAGAUGUUGAAGUCAUUUACCGUGGGAUCUUUUAAGCUGGACGUUUGGACGGUCUACAAGCAGCCAGGUCACCAGUUUAUGAACAAGUGGGCAGUGUUGACCAACCCAGGUGACCUGAGCACUGGAGUCAAAGGCUAUGUUAAAUGUGACAUCAGCGUCUCAGCAAAAGGAGAUGCCGUGCAGCCGGGACCAAAAGCGAGUGAUGCUGAAGAGCAGAUCGAAAAGAACCUCCUGAUUCCAGAGGGGCUUCCCUCUGAGCGCCCGUGGGCCCGUUUCUGUGUGAAGGUGUACCGAGCUGAAGGCCUCCCUCGAAACAACUCCAGCAUUAUGGCCAACGUUACCAAGGCCUUUAUAGGAGACAACACAGCACUCAUUGACCCCUAUGUUGUAGUCAGCUUCUUUAAACAACUGGGUCGCACGUCCACCCAAAAGUCCUCAGCUGAUCCAGUGUGGAACGAGCAGAUUGUCUUCACUGAGAUGUUUCCUCCUUUGUGUCAGAGAUUAAAGAUUCAGGUCUGGGAUGAGGGAAGCAUGAAUGAUGUUGCCAUAGGAACCCAUUACUUUGACCUAAGACGUAUUUCUAAUGAACAAGAUGGUGACAAAGGGUUUUUACCAACGUUUGGUCCUGCUUGGAUUAACCUAUAUGGCUCAGCGCGAAACUUCUCCUUGGGUGAUGACACAGGGGAACUUAAUGAAGGCAUUGGUGAAGGGGUUUCCUUCAGGGGUAGGGUCUACUUGGAGCUGGCGGUGGAGAUCCUGUCCGGAGGCACGGGCUCAGAGUCCAAACUCAGUCGGAUGAUUAAACCUGUGAAAGACAUAAAAGCAGGGAAAGCUGGUGUGAAGGAUGCAAAGAGUCCUGCUGGAGGAGCAGGAGGAGGGACAGGGGCAGCUGAUGAUGAUAAAGGAAAAGCAGCUGAGGUCCUUCCUGUUGACCCCCCUUCUUUGCCAAAAGAAGAUGACUGUGAAACCUUCCUGCUGUUUGGCGCAUUGCUUGAAGCCACCAUGAUUGACCGUAAGAUUGGAGACAGGCCCAUCAGCUUUGAGUUCUCCCUUGGUAACUAUGGCAAUGUCCUGGAGUCUCCACCUCAGCAAAGCACUGCCAGUCCUGCUGUCACUAGAAGGAGGAAGGCUCUUGACGUCCCAGAUAGCAGUGAAGCAUUUGGCUCCUCAAUGCUGAGCUCCUCUCCUACCAGCUCAUCCUCACUGCUUCUACCCAAAGAACCUUUGGACACAUCUUUAGCCUCUAAAUCCACCACACCUCCAGAGAAACCUCUCAUCGUUGAAGGAAACAGACACUACAUGUAUUUACCUCUGGAGAAGAAGCCCUGUGUGAAUGUGGUGAGCUACUGGGAGGACAGAACUUACCGGCUGCACAACUCAAAUAUGCUGGAGAAUAUAGCAACACUCUUUGAGGAGGGUGUUUCCGCUGCUGCUGAGCUACUCAAGAAGUUGGACCCAGCAGCUGAAGCGACUUUAAGAGCUGUGCUCAGAAACUUUUGUUUGGAUGCCAGGAGUUUCAUUGCAGCUGCAGAGGCCAAACUGAAAGCGGGGCAGAAGAGCAGCUUUCUGACUCUGCUGGACAAGAAACGCUUGACCAUGUGCAAACAGGAGCUGGAGAGCAUGAUCGGAGAGGCUGAGUCGUUGUUGGGGAGGAAGAGAACAGGGGGAGCAAAAGAAAUCCUGCAAGAAGCAACUAAGCUAACACAAAAACUGCGUUUCCUCGUGGAGGAGCCCCAACAUACAGUCCCGGACAUGUUUGUGUGGUUGCUUAGCAACAACAAACGUGUUGCAUAUGCCCGGGUUCGAACCAGAGACCUGUUGUACUCCAGCAACCAGGAAUCCAGAGGAAUCCUCUGUGGGAAGAUAUUAACACUAUAUCUGAAGCCACCAGGGAAGCGGCCUUCAGGAUUGUCAGUUCAAGCCAAGCUGGAUGUGUAUCUGUGGUUUGGAGCUUGCUCAGACUCUGCCCACAUGCUGGAUGACCUGCCUGCAGGAUACCGACCAGACACAGGGGGCGCCGAUGGUAACAGCCCUCCUUCAUACCUGCUUUGCACAGAGCAGAACCAGUUCGCGCUGCGCUGCCACAUGUAUCAGGCUCGUGGUCUUAUCGCUGCAGACAACACAGGCCUGUCGGACCCAUUUGCUCGAGUCACGUUUCUCUCACACUGCCAAACCACCAAUAUCAUUAAUCAGACUCUCAGUCCUACAUGGAAUCAAUGUUUACCAAUGAGCAACCUCGUGCUGAGUGGAGACCUGCAGCAUGUCCUGGCAGAGCCGCCAUAUGUUGUUGUUGAGGUUUACGAUGAUGACGCUCUGGGAAAGGCAGAGUAUCUGGGUGCCACAGUGGCCGUCCCUGAAGUGCGGUUGGCCUCCGAACCCUACUCCCCCCCUACCCUGCAGUACAGUCCGAUUCACUGUGGCAGCCAGUCAGGAGGAGACCUGCUGGCCGCAUUCGAGCUGCUGCAGGUUAAAGCCUCUGAACAGCUGAAUGUUCCAGAUUUAGAGGAGCAGGAAGGAGGCAUCUAUACUGUUCCUGCCUACAUUAGGCCUGUUCUCAGCACCUACAGGCUGGAGGUUUUGUUCUGGGGACUGAGGGAGCUGAAGAAGGUUCAGCUCCUAUCCGUUGAUCGGCCACAGGUGUUCAUCGAAUGUGCAGGUAAAACCCUGCGCUCCUCGGUUAUCCAGAAGUACAAGUCCAACCCAAACUUUACCACACUGGUAGAUGCCAUUGAGCUGGAGUUACCAGAAAAUGAACACCUACAUCCUCCACUCAGUAUAACAGUUGUUGACUGGCGGGCAUUUGGCCGCAGCACACUAGUUGGAAACCACAUUAUCAACAACCUCAAGGCCUUCACAUGCACUGCUCUGCCUCCUCCUCCUCCUCCUCUAGUUCAGUUACCCAACCCUCCUCAGGUCACGCUAACCCCAAGACCUUCUCUGACCCCAGAGCCACAUGGAGUUGAGGGGCUGUCCCAGGAUGCUAUGGAGACCUGCUCGACAGUGGCCCUCACCAAUCAGGACUUCCUAAUUACUGUGGAGGACGAAGCUUCUCCAGCUCCAGCUCCACCUACACCACAACCAGAACCUAAAAGAAAGAAGGAGAGAAUCUCAAAGAGCAUCCACAGAUCCACCAAGAGGAAGAGGCGGACAAUUGCGGAUGAAUCUGCAGAGUCUGUUAUUGACUGGUGGUCCAAAUACUUUGCAUCUGUAGACAAACAAGCAGCCCAGAAGACAAGCUUUGAACUACCAAACGCGUUUGAGAAAGCUUCACCGUACCACAGCAUGCUCAGCGAUGGAAUAGACACUUUGGUCGGCAGCCAGUCAGAUGGAGACAAGAAGAAGAAACAGAAAGGAAAGGGGACGCUGGAGCUCCCUACUGGCUUACCUACUAAAAUAGUGACACUCCAGCUAUACAAUAAAGAGCUGGAGGCAGAGUUUGGUGCGUUUGAUGAUUGGGUCAGCACAUAUGAACUGUUCAGGGGUAAGGCCAACGAGGAGGAGGGAACAUCUGAUGAGAGGUUCGUUGGGAAGUUUAAGGGUCGAUUCUGCCUCUAUAAGAUAAGUGAUGAUGAAGCAGAGGAUGAAGAGGAUUUCAUCGACUUAGGCCACUUCAGGGUGAACAGAGGAAUCCCUCAGAACAUUUCUGUACAAGUUCUCAUCCGGGUUUACAUCGUCUCAGCGUCCAACCUGCAUCCAGCGGAUCCAGAUGGGAAGGCUGACCCUUAUAUUUUACUUCGCCUUGGGAAAAAUGAAAUCAAAGACAGAGAUAACUACAUUCCCAAACAGCUAAACCCUGUUUUUGGAAGAUCUUUUGAGAUGCAGGCCACGUUUCCUCAGGAGUCUCUGCUGUCGGUGCUGAUUUACGACUAUGACCUGGUAGGAGGUGAUGACCUGAUUGGAGAGACUCGCAUUGAUCUGGAGAACCGAUUCUACAGCAAACACAGAGCCACAUGUGGACUCCCCACUGAGUACAGCCUAGGGGGUUAUAAUGCCUGGAGAGACUCUCUAAAACCAUCGGAGCUGCUGUCAAAAAUGUGCAGAGAGAAUGGUGUGGAUGGUCCUCAUUUUAGACCAGGACGCAUCACCGUGGCUGACAAAAUCUUCACAGGCAAAACAAUCUACAUGGAUGAAGAUGAGCCGGUGGAGUCCUAUGAGCACCUGUCCCUCAAAGUCCUGCAUCGCUGGGCUGAGAUCCCAGCUGUGGGAUGCAAACUAGUACCAGAACACAUUGAGACAAGAACUCUUUACAACAAGGCACGGCCUGGAAUGGAUCAGGGUCAGGUCCAGAUGUGGGUGGAUAUGUUUCCAAUGGAUUUACCUCAUCCAGGACCCCCAGUGGAUAUUUCACCCAGAAAACCCAAAGGGUAUGAGCUGCGCAUCAUCAUCUGGAACACAGAAGAUGUGAUCCUUGAAGACUCGAACUUCCUGACGGGUCAACAGUCCAGUGACAUCUAUAUCAAAGGUUGGCUGAAAGGUUUAGAAGAUGACCGACAGGAAACUGACGUCCACUACAACUCUCUGACCGGAGAAGGAAACUUCAACUGGCGCUUCGUAUUCCCCUUUAGCUACCUGCCUGCUGAAAAGGUUGUGGUGGUGAAGAAGAGAGAGCACAUUUUCUCCCUGGAUAAAACAGAACAGAAGCUUCCAGCCAUCCUCAUCCUGCAGGUUUGGGACUUUGAGACGCUCUCCUCAGAUGACUUCCUAGGUACGCUGGAGCUGAACCUCCACGGAUUUCCCCGUGGAGCGAAAACAGCCAAGUCGUGUAAAGCUGACAUGCUGACGGAGGUGACAGACAGAAUCUCCAUCUUCCAGCACAAGAGAGCUCGAGGCUGGUGGCCUUUCAGCAAGUCUGGAGAGCUCACGGGGAAGGUGGAGGCAGAGUUCCAUCUUGUGACGGCUGAAGAGGCUGAGAAAAAUCCUGUUGGAAAAGCACGGAAGGAACCAGAACCACUGCCCAAACCAAACCGUCCAGACACCUCCUUCUCCUGGUUUGUCAACCCUUUCAAGUGUUUCUUCCACUUGGUGUGGCGGAACUACAAGAAGUACAUCAUCAUCGCUCUGGUCCUUCUGAUCUCCGUGCUUUUCCUCGCCCUGCUCUUCUACACCCUGCCAGGAGCGAUCUCUCAGAAGAUUAUCAAUGGAUAACAUUUGACUGGGCCGGCAGUUUUUGGACAGAUUUAGAAAUGAUCAUUAUUCAAACUUUAAUCUGAUAAGUUAACAAUAUAAUGAAAAAAAAGAAUCCAAUAAAACAAACAGUUGUAAAAUUAUUUAUGCAAACUCAGAACUCGUCCCCCUGUAACUUUAUCUUAUGUGAUUUUAAAGUUUUAAUACUAAGAAGCAAACACCUCUGACUGCUGGGAUUGUUAAGAAGACCACUGCAAGGAUCAUGGUAGAAAAAACAUGAAUAAACAAAAAAACGUAAAAACAGGGUUCCUACAGCAUAAGGCAAAUUCAAGACUUUUUAAUGCCACUUGAAAUAAAAAUUUAAGACCAAAUUCAC